CUCGGAGUGAGGAGUGUGCUGAGAGCGGAGCAUAAGUUUGGAGUGUGGUGCUUAGUGAGAAGAAAUUGCCAACAGUGAGAAGAGCUGAGGCCUUGAUAAGAUCCGACGCCAUGUGGUGAUACUGUGGAGGGCGCCCAAAUAUGUGAUCGUGGUCGCUGAGUGCCGGACCUGGCCUGUUCGGUGACAAGGACAUUAUACUGGCGGUCUCUCUGGUGGAGUGGAAUAUGAUUCUAUAAACUGACCGCUGGGCGCCCACUGUGCCGUGAGCCUCUGCCAUGGGUCUGCUGGAGAGCAGCUACGAGUCGGCCGAGGCGGGCCCGCUGAGUCCCUCGACCGACUGGCUGCGGCGGCCGGCGCCCUCGGCACGCCACCGCUGGACGGGAGGCCGGCCGCGCUGCCGCUCCCGCAGUCUGCAGCGGCGCCGCGUCGUCUCCAUGUUCUGGGGGCCGCGGCCGCCGGAGCCGGCCGGCCGCAGCCGCUCGGCGGAGGGCAGUCGCCACCAGCCGCCGGGACACGCACCGCACUCCGGCACUCCAGCGGAGGAGGGCGGAGGUCACUCCGCCACGCCGGCCGGUCCCACCCGCUCAGCACCCGUGACACCGACCGUGGUGACGGUCCGCGGCGCUCCAGAGAGCCCACCCGACCUCCCAGCGCCGGAGAGCCCCGGAGACAGCCCGCCGGACGGCCAGUACCGACAGACGCUGCGCCGGCUGACCGGUGACAUCCACGGACUGCUGCGGAGAGCCGAGGCCGACGACGAGACCGAUGAUGGGUUUGGGGAUGGCGUGGUGGACGGUGAUGGGGGUGACGGUGAUGGUACGGUGGAAGACGGUGACGCCUCGAUAAACGGCGGUGAUGUGUGCGGGACAGGUGUGUAUGUGAAUCAACUGGAGAACCAGGGAUUGACGAUGCCAAAGGAGCUGUCCGUCGGAGAUGGUGAGUGUAGUGAUGCCUCAGACACGCCUCUCUUAGAGUGCCGCAGUCGGACGCUUCCGUCCAAACUCUGCCGCUCCCCGGCGGUGACUGCGGGCACUGACGCGGCCGUCCCGCCGGGUGGGACGGCGCCGGGUGGUGUGAAUAGCGGCCGGCGCGUGCGGUCCGCCUCCACCUCACAGCGCGUGAGUCUGGCACCGGGCCAGGACCGAUCGGGGCGCGAGCACAACACCUCGGUGCCGGAGACAGAGGGGGCGGUCGCCGGCGACGACGGGCCGGCCGCGGAGGAGGAGAGGCUGUUCGACGACUCUGCCGACGACGUGCUGCUGAUGCUGAUGGACAGCCUGCCGGAGCCGGUGACGGAGCCGGUAGCGGAGCCUGCACGGGAGCCGGUGCCGAAGCCGGAGAGUGAGGACACUACGAGGGCAGCGCCCGAGUGUGAACCAGAGCCUGGCCGACGGCAGGAGCCGGGUCGGAAACCGCUCUCAGUGAUCGUGGUCACCACUGUGAUCGACUCCUCGGACGGAGAAGGAUCGCCGCCCGUGCCGCCACAGCAGCGGGGUUCGACGAACGACCAGUUACAUGCGACUGAAGGACGCUCUCUGCAGGCGCCGCCUGAUGUGACGUCUCCUCACCCUGGUGAAUCUUCUAGUGAUGCCGCCAUAUCUAGUGACUCAAUAACGAAUGACAAUCCGGUCCUGAAGUUAGCCCAACACCAACUCAGUGCCUCUGAAGUCGCCUCUGACGGCGCCGCUGCUGGAGCCUGUGCCAGUGAUGCCUCCAGUGAAGCUGAACGUGUCUCAGUCGGCGACAACGCCGCGUCGGUGGACGCCGAGGCCGCGGCGUUCCCUCGCGCGAGCGAUGUGGACAGCGGCGAGCCCCUGUGCCUGCUCAGCGGCCCGCAGCCGGACCUGUGGCAGGCGGAGGAGGACCAGGCCGACGGCACGGUCCGCUUCGUGGCCGGCCUGAGCGGCCGCUCCGACUGCAGCUACACGUGCCACCAGCGGUGCCGUGACCUGGUGACCCUGGACUGUCCGUCCGACACGGCCAGUGACCUCGACCUCUCCGAGGUCACCGACCCCAACCAGGACGUUGACCUGGUCGAAGUACAAACUCUAGUGAGGUGUGACAAUGUUGCUGUUGCUGAGGUGCGUGAGACGGACUCGACAAUCAAAGCGGAGAUGAUCGAAAAGUACAAUGCCACGUCCCAUGGUCUCUACAUGACGCUGUCGGAGGACGGCCGGUCGUUCCACGGCUUCAUCCGGGUGCACAUGAACCUGUUCCGUCCCAUCAACAUCGUGGCCGGCACGCGUCCGCCGUCCAUCUACGACGUGCUGCAGCCGGAGCAGACGCUGGAGCGCACGCUGGCCUCCUUCUACCUGCCCCGGGACACCGUCAAGGCGCUGCACAUCGACAACGAUACCACGGUACACGAAGUGAUCUCGUCACUGCUGAAGAAGUUCAAAAUCGUCGACGACCCGCGCAAGUUCGCGCUCUACGAACGGUUAACGGAACAGGGAGAGUCCACCAAAGUGAAGAUGCGGCGGCUGGCCGACUCUGAGCGGCCGCUGGAGCUGGCCCUGUCCUGGAGCCACCACGGCGUCGUGAACAAGAAGUUUGUUCUCCAGGAGAACGAUACGGGUGACAUUCUGUGGGACAACUUUACAUUACCGGAGCUGAACAACUUCCUGACGAUGCUGAACAAGGAGGAGGAGGACUACAAGCGGCGCGUGCGGCAGAAAUACACGGAGAUGAAGCGGCGGAUCGCCGAGCAGAUGGACCAGCUGCGGCCGGGCGGCGCUCACAGCGAGCCGGCGCCGGCCGCCGCGGCCACUGCCGAAUAGCCAUCCGUCCUUGUCCUCACAGUGUGACCUCUCGCACGUACCUGUCCCGUCCUGCCUUGGUGUGAGUCGAGAGUCCUGCGGGUCGUGAGUCCUGCGAGUCGUGAGUCCUGCGGGUCGUGAGUCCUACCUGAGAUCAGUGAGAGGUCGGUCGCGCGGCUCAGUGAGAGCCCGAGUGAGAUGUGUGUUGAUGCGCAGAUCACACAGAGUACUAGGCUGUUGGUGCGUGUGUGGUGGUAGACCCGCUGGCGCCUGUAGUCGUCGGGACCGGUGUGUAGUCGCCCGGAGUGGGUUCUACUCCCGGAGAGCCGCGGUGGUGGGCGUCCCAGUGGUGCCGGCCGCCGCCCGCUCUCCGCUCUGUUGAUGACGUCUUUCACGGGCGGCCCAGAGUCCGCCGGCGUGCCGCGUGGGUCCAGUCGGGGCGUACGCGGCGAACGAUAAUGGUAACUAGCGAGGGACCGCGGGCGUGGGAUUCGCCCGGUCCUAUAGUGGUCCUGGGAGGUUCAGCGACCGGUACGUGGUCCGUAGUGGUCCUCCGGUCUGUGUGAUCGGUCCGUGGUCCGUUCGGUCCGUCUGAUCUGCCCGGUCCGGCUGUGGCUAGAGCUGGUCGCCGCCGAGUAGCUGCCUCGUUUCUCACGGGUUUGGUAGGGGUGCUCAGUGUAGCAGUGCGCCCGGCCGGGGCGCGUCCCUGAUCUGAUCAACUACUGGCAGUGUCAUGUUAUAACGCCCUGUUAGGCCGCACGGCCAGCCCACACAUAGUGAUACAAUAUAUGUGAUUUUCGCAGGA